UCUUCUUCAGAUGAAGGGGUGACUAUCAAAGGCUCAGGAACCAGCGCCAGAACUCGAAGGCUUCUCAGAAUCCGCGAAGAGAAGCAACAAAGAGAGCAUGAGCGCAUUCAUAACUACCCCUCUUGGGCUAAGGUUCUCGAAGAUGCUUGCAAAGACGACACUGAGCUCCGUGCUGUUCUUGGAGACAGCAUCGGAAACCCCGAACUCAUGCGCAAACGGGUUGAAGAUAGAGUUCGGAAGAAAGGUAGAGACUUUCGUAAGUCUAAGACGGGUUCUGUUGUUGCUUUCAAAGUUUCAUUUAGAGACUUCAAUCCAACUGAUUCACAUAUUUGGUUUGAAUUCUAUGGAUCACCAUCUGAUAAGGAUGUUAAUUUACUUGGUAGUGUUAUUCAAUCAUGGUAUGUCUUGGGUCGCCUCGGUGCCUUCAAUUCUUCAAAUUUGCAGAUGGCAAAUUCGUCAAUGGAGUAUGAUCCUCUAUAUGAUGCAGACAAGGGUUUCAAAGUGAUGCCGUCAUCUUUCCAUGAUAUUGGUGACGUAGAGUUCCAGGAUAACUGGGGACGUGUUUGGGUGGACCUGGGUACAGCUGAUUAUUUUGGUCUUGAUGUGCUUCUCAACUGCCUUACUGGCUUAAGCUCAGAGUACCUUGGUAUCCAGCAGGUUGUAUUUGGUGGCCGGUGCAUGGGUGAUUGGGAAGAGGGGAUGAAAAACCCUGAUUAUGGUUACAAAUACUUCAAGAUCUGAAGCAAGUUGUUGGUUCGGUUACUUGCAAUCUCACAUUGGGUGUGGUUCAAAGAUAAGAAAAGUUUUCCGGAGGUUCAGUCACAUUAACAUUAAUGGGAUCAUCUUCCAAGGUUUUUGCACCAUCCGUUGGUUUUGGUCUGAAUACUUGACCUGCAUUACUACUGUUGGCAGAGCCGUUUCAUUACACUAAUAUGACUAAUUGGGUGCCCAGAAGUGUAAAAGUGUAAUGAGCAGUGAUAGAUAGCCAGCAAGAAUUGUUGCAGUCUUCAUGAGAUAAAUGGAUAUUGUUGAAUGGGAAAAUUUUUAUUUUAUUUUUUUACUAGAUAAAGAGGCAGAAUUUACUUGCU